GGCAGCUUACUGUUCUUUCUUAAUCUAUCCAGACAACUCCAGUGAAACUUGUUAUAACAGCUUUCUAAACAGAUAAUUCUUUAAGGACAGAGACUUCAUCAGCCGUAAAUCAUCUUUACUGUCCUCCUGAACUGUUUACGACACUUCCACCGUACCAACGAGCAGAGAAAUGGGACGAAAGGUGACUCUUGCUACCUGCUCACUGAAUCAAUGGGCUCUGGACUUUGAAGGAAACUCAGACAGAAUACUGAAGAGUAUCGAGAUAGCUAAGGCUCAGGGAGCCAAAUACAGGCUGGGCCCAGAGCUGGAGAUCUGCGGCUAUGGAUGUGCAGACCACUUUUAUGAAUCAGACACACUGCUCCACAGUUUCCAGGUCCUUAAAAAGCUCCUGGAGUCUCCCAUCACCCAGGAUAUCAUCUGUGACGUGGGGAUGCCCAUCAUGCAUCACAACGUACGCUACAACUGCCGAGUCCUCUUCCUCAACAGAAAAAUCCUGCUGAUAAGACCAAAAGUGAUGAUGGCCAACCAUGGGAACUACAGAGAGAUACGCUGGUUCUCACCUUGGAACCAGUUAAGAAAAGUGGAGGAGUACUUCCUGCCCAGAAUGAUCCAGGAGGUGACAGGCCAGGAUACGGUCCCUUUUGGUGACUGCGUAUUAUCCACUAAGGAUACGUGCAUUGGCACUGAGCUAUGUGAAGAACUCUGGAAUCCCAGAAGCCCUCAUAUUCAGAUGGGUCUGGACGGGGUUGAAAUCUUUACUAAUUCUUCUGCUAGCCACCAUGAGCUCCGCAAGGCCGACCAGAGAGUCAACCUGAUCAAGUCAGCCACCACCAAGAGCGGAGGUAUCUACCUGUAUGCUAAUCAGAGGGGCUGUGAUGGAGACCGGGUUUACUACGACGGAUGUGCCUUGGUGGCCAUCAACGGAGACAUCGUGGCCCAGGGAGCACAGUUCUCUCUAAAUGACGUGGAGGUGAUCACGGCCACUGUUGACCUUGAAGAUGUGCGGAGCUACAGAGGAGAAAUUUGCCAACCAAACAUGGAAAGUGAACACAAACUUUGCCACAGAGUGAAAGUGGACUUCUCUCUGUCUGGUGUUGACGAUGUCUACCUUCCUACUCACCAGCCCAUCACAUGGCACUUUCAUACACCGGAAGAAGAGAUCAGUUUAGGGCCGUCCUGCUGGCUCUGGGACUACCUGAGGAGAAGUGGUCAGGCUGGUUUUCUGUUGCCUCUGAGCGGAGGAGUGGACAGCUCAUCCACUGCCUGCAUCGUUCACUCCAUGUGUGUGCUGCUCUGCCAGGCUGUAGCUGACGGCGACAUGCAGGUACUGGCGGAUGUUCGCAGAGUCAUAGGGGAUGAUUCCUACUCUCCUAAGCACCCAAAGGAGCUGUGCAGUCGCAUCUUCACCACCUGCUACAUGGCCAGUGAAAACUCCUCAGAGGACACCUGCAGGAGGGCUAAGGACCUGGCCGGUCAGAUCGGCAGCUCACACAUGAACAUUAACAUUGACAUGGCUGUGAAAGGAAUUCUGGGUAUUUUCUCAGUGGUUACUGGCAGGUUGCCUCAGUUUCGUGCCAACGGAGGAACCCACAGAGAAAACCUGGCUCUGCAGAACGUUCAGGCUCGUGUCAGGAUGGUCCUGGCUUACCUGUUCGCUCAGCUGAGUCUGUGGGCCCGGGGGAGACCAGGUGGUCUGCUGGUUCUGGGCUCAGCCAACGUAGAUGAGAGUCUGACAGGAUAUUUCACAAAGUACGACUGCUCCAGCGCUGACAUCAACCCGAUAGGAGGCAUCAGCAAGACAGACCUGAAGAGCUUCCUGCAUUACUGUGUGGAGCAGUUCCAGCUCAGCGCUCUGAGGGGCAUCCUGGCUGCUCCGCCUACUGCUGAACUGGAGCCGUUGACGGAUGGACACGUGUCGCAAACUGAUGAGGCCGACAUGGGGAUGACAUACUCUGAGUUAUCUGUCAUUGGACGACUGAGGAAGAUUUCCAAGUGUGGCCCCUUCAGUAUGUUCUGUAAACUCAUUCACAUGUGGAAGGAUGCCCUCUCACCCAUGGAGGUGGCUCAGAAGGUGAAGCACUUCUUUCGGAUGUACUCAGUGAACCGCCACAAGAUGACCACAGUGACGCCGUCCUACCACGCUGAGAGCUACAGUCCUGAUGACAACCGCUUUGACCUGAGACCUUUUCUCUAUAACACUCGCUGGACCUGGCAGUUCAGGAGCAUCGACAACCAGGUCACCCAGAUGGCAGCAAAUAAGCACCAAGAACCCUGAGGCCUACAGCGUCUAAUAAAAAACUAGCAGGGAUACAACUGA